UUUGACUGGCGAUUGUGACAACGUGAUGACAACUUUUGGAAUAAUACCAUGUGGGAAGUGGAUAGUGUAACUUAGGAAAUUAAUUAGAAAAUUUUCUUCCUAAAAAUGACUAAAAAGAAAUUAUUUGAUGAGGAAUCUGAAGAAGAAGAAGUUAGUUUAAAAACAGAAAAUGAUUAUGCUAAGAAAUACGAUCGUUGGCGCGAAAAGGAGGAGCUCCACAAACUGGAACAGAAGUAUGGAUCCAAAUCCUUAGGUUCAGAUGGUUCGGAAUCGGAUAGCGAAGAUGAAAGUGACGAACCACCAGAAAUAAAUGAAGAAGUCGAGGUUCAAUUCCUGAAAACCUUGUCUUUACUAAAAACAAAGGAUCCUAGAAUAUACGACCCUAAUUAUAAGUUCUUUGAUGAGAAAAUAGAGAAGGAAAAUGAAAAGAAAGAGGAGGUGAAGAAGGUUACAUUUGCUGACAGUGAUGAUGAUGAUGAUGAUGGACCUAACAUAUUCAGUAUUGAAAAGAAAGCUGAAAUUGAUGAACCAGUAAAGAAAGAUGCAAAAACUGAGGAUGGGAAGUUAAAAGAUUUCCUAACUGGUAAAGCCGAGCAUAUAGAUGACGAUGUAGAGAAAGACUUGGCACCGCUCAAGUCUUUGUGGUCUGACCCUAAGCUGAAUGAUGGAGAGGCAUUUCUCAGGGACUAUAUAUUGAAUAAAAGAUACUUGGAUGAUGAUGAUGAUGGCAAGGUAGAAGAUAAAGUCAGAGAUGAUGAAGACUUAGAAGCUGAUGAAAAGACAGUGGAGGAGCAGGGAAAAUUUGAACGGGCAUAUAACUUCCGCUUCGAAGAGCCAGAUGAGGAAUAUCUGAAACGUUACCCGAGAACAAUGAACUACAUACGUCCCAAAGACGAUCGGCGCUCACGGAAGCGGGCCGAAAUCCGCGAGAGAAAGGAACAAGAAAAGAAGAAGAAAAUGGAGGAGAUCGCGCGGCUGAAGGCGCUCAAACUGAAGGAGAUACAAGAGAAGAUCGCUAAGAUCAAGGAGGUUACGGGCAAUGACGAUCUUGCUUUUGAGGAACAAGAUAUAGAAGGUGAUUUCGACCCAGAAGAGCAUGACAAACGUAUGAAGGAGUUGUUUGAUGAACAGUUCUAUGGGCAGGCUGAUGAUGAGAAACCUGUCUUUCCAGAUCUCGAUGAAGAGCUGGAAAUUGAAAACUGGGAAAACUAUGAGAAUGAGAAGCAAAAUGUUCCGAAUGAGGAUGGACCGCAUUGUGAAGAUGAAGAUUUUAAUAUGGACGCAGACUACGACCCCAAGAAGGCAAAAGAGAAUCUUGUUGAAGAAUUAAAAAGAAAUGUGGGCAAGAAACGCAGAAACCGAAAGAGGAAGUCCAAGCUCGCCGAGAUAUUGGCCGAAGAUAAGCCCAAGUUUGUGCCCGAUGUUGAGAAAACAUACAGUGAAUUCAUGGAGGAGUAUUAUAAAAUGGAUUGUGAGGAUGUGAUAGGAGGUGAUUUGCCGACCAGGUUCAAGUACAGGGAGGUUGUGCCGAAUGAUUAUGGACUUAGUAUAGAGGAGAUAUUGCUAGCUGAUGAUAAGGAACUUACUCAGUGGGUGCCUUUGAAGAAAAUAGUGAAAUAUCGUCCCGAAAAUGUAGAAAAGAGCGAAGUGAAUACAUACAGACAGAAAGCAGCUGAUGAGAGACUUAAACGAAAAGUACUGCCAAGCUUGUUCAAGGAUUUACCUGAGGAGCCAGAAGUAGUUGUACCCAUUGAAGAAACAAUCAAGAAGAAGAAAAAGAAAAAGAAGAAAAACAAAGCUAAAAACGAGGAUGUAGCUGAAGUGAGUAACAAUGGUGAGGCUACAGAACAAAAUGAAGUUAUUGAAAGUAAUGAUAUGGAAGUAACGAAUGAAGUAAAGAUAAAGAAGAAUAAGAAAAAGAAACACAAAUAUGAGGAUAGUCAAAACCCAUCAGAAAUGAAUGCAGAAAAUAAUAGCAAGAAUGUGGUUGAUGAUGACGUAAGUAAUGUAAAUGACAAAGACAAUAAUAGCGCAAUAGAUGUUAAUGAAGGUAGAAAGAAAAAGAAACAGAAAACAACUGAUGCAAGUAGCAGUGUACAAAUAAACGGUGAUAAUGAAGUUGUUGAAGAAAAUGAACAAAUUAAUAAAGAUUCUAAAAAGAAAAAGAAAAAUAAGCAAACUAACAAGGAUUCAGAUAAUAUUCAAUCAAACAGUGAAAUAACACAAUCUAACACUGAAAAAUCAAUAAAUAAUAUUAUAGUCACUAAUUUCGGCAAGAAAAAGAAGCGUAAUUCAUUCACAGUUGAGGAUGUUCAUUCUGAAUUUAGUAAAGCAAGCACAAACGGUGUUUUCAAUAAAACGCAAGGGCAAAAAAGAAAAGCUAAUUUCAAUGAUGAUCGAAAUGCACCGAAAAAGAAGAAAAAUAAAAAACAAUAUAAUAAUGAGAUGAAAAAGACUUCGAAUGAUAAGUCUAGUGAUAAUAAAAAUCCCUUAUCAAAAUUAUCAGAUGAGAGAUUAAAAGCUUAUGGCUUGAAUCCUAAGAAGUACAGGAGUUUCUUGAAAUACAAAAAGUUUUAAGUUCUCGUUUAUGUAAAUAUAUAAAAUAAAAUACAAUUUGUAGAAUA